GGCGCAGAGCCGGCGGCGGGAGCGGCGGUGCAGAGCGGAGCGGUGCGGAGCUGCGCGGCGGAGCGGCCUGUCCUGCUCCUGGCUCCGGCGGCCUCCAGGCGCCCCCUCGCCAGCGGGGCUCGGCUCGGCUCGGCUCGGCUCAGCGCCCGCUUCACCGCGCUCCGUAGCGGCGCUUGCGAGAGGAAGGGGACGGAACCGCUGCCGCGCAGCUGCCCCGAGGGAAAGCCCACCAUGUCGCGGCCGCUCCCGCUGAACCCCACCUUCCUACCUCCCACCUACGGGGUGCUCAAGUCCCUGCUGGAAAACCCGCUCAAGCUGCCGCUCGCUCACGAAGACGCAUUCGGAAAAGAAAAAGACAAAGAGAAGAAGUUAGACGAUGACAGCACCAGUACCACAGUCCCUCAGUCAGCUUUCUUGGGCCCAACAUUAUGGGACAAGACACUGCCAUACGAUGGAGACACUUUCCAGUUGGAAUACAUGGACCUGGAAGAAUUCCUCUCAGAAAAUGGCAUUCCGCCCAGUCCGAACCAGCAUGAGCAUAGCCCGCACCAGUCAGGUCUCCAGCAAGCUACCUCAGCAUCACCUUCUGUCAUGGACCUCAGCAGCAGGGCUUCUACUUCAGUCCAUCCAGGCAUGGUGUCGCAGAACUGCAUGCAGAGCCCCGUCAGACCAGGUCAGAUCUUGCCAGCAAACCGAAACACACCAAGUCCCAUUGAUCCCGAGACUAUCCAAGUUCCUGUUGGCUACGAACCCGACCCUGCAGAUCUUGCUCUUUCCAGUAUUCCUGGCCAGGAGAUGUUUGACCCUCGUAAGCGCAAAUUCUCUGAAGAAGAGCUGAAACCACAGCCGAUGAUUAAGAAAGCUCGCAAAGUCUUCAUUCCAGACGACCUGAAGGAUGACAAGUACUGGGCGAGGCGCAGAAAGAACAACAUGGCUGCGAAGCGGUCGCGGGACGCGCGCCGGCUGAAGGAGAACCAGAUCGCCAUCCGCGCCUCGUUCCUGGAGAAGGAGAACUCGGCUCUCCGCCAAGAGGUGGCCGACUUACGGAAAGAGCUGGGCAAGUGCAAGAACGUCCUUGCAAAGUACGAAGCUCGACACGGCCCCCUGUAAAUUCAAGGAGAGGGGGAGUGGGUUUGUUUAUUUUCUUUUUUCUUUUUCUUUUUGUUGCGGGUUGGCAUUUGACUAGAUGGACAAUGUGUUUCCUGUUCGAUAGCACCGCACCCAAACCAACCUUUCUGUCUUCAGCACUUUACCAGAAGCAGAAAAACAACCGACUUACGUCAUUUUUGUUGUUGUUUGCGCGUGCGUGUACCUGCGUAUGUGUGUUCACACGUCCGUGUAUGUGUGCGUGCGCUUGCGUGCGUGUGCGUGUGCAUCUCAGCACUUCCCAUUUUUACGAACCCUCUUCAAAGGGUGCCACAUUUUUACCUGGACUGUUGAGAGCCGCCAUAGUAAGCUUUUUAUUAUAUAUAUAUUUUUUUUCCAGUGCUGCUUCAGAUUAGGGUUUUUAUGUUAUCGUAACCAGUUCCAUCCUCCUGAUUUACUUGGAAAGAUCCCAGUAUAAAUUAUUAUUAAAAAAAUAAAAAAAAAAAAAAAGGAAAAAAAAAAGAAAAGAAAAAAGAAAAAAAAGUAGAUCUCAGUUUUUUCGGAGAGUAACAAGCUAUUGUUUAAGUAUGUCUAAUCAGAAGAGUUAACAUGCUAAUAAAGUGCACAAAUAAUAAUUUAGUACUACACUGCAGAGAUAUUAAUUUAUAGAUCGCUUUUGUUGUAUUUUAAGUUUUGGUGAUAAUCGUCUUCAGAUUUAAAGCGCUGUUAGGCGGAGUUAGCUGUACCCAUCCUAGAUCCCGUCACGGCUUCUCUAGCUCCUAAGGUUCCUUCCUCUCGGACCCAGGUCGGUGGGAGCACGGCCGGUAGAGCACACAGUGUUUGCACUGCCCGUACCCGAAGCAAUAAUCCCGUGUACGCUAGCGCGCAUGCUGCCCGGGUCUUCUAGUGGACGUAGGACGGUUUCCCUACCCAACAGGACUUUUAACGUCUUUAACGAAAAGUAAAAGACACAUUAACGUGAGCAUGCUAAUUGUACCCCUGCUAAAGGGAGCGCAUGUGUAAGAAGCAGGAUAAUUAGUUGAAACGGGAACAAAAUUAAUAGUAUCGAAUCAGAUCCAAUGUCGAAAUCGGAGGGGCUUUUCUGUUUUCAGUUAGUUCUGCAUUUCUUCAAGUUCCAUUUUGUGACUAGAACUUAAAUACCUAAAUUCAGUUGGUUUUUCCCAUGUUCUGUAAUAUAUUUUCUGUGGAUUAUAUCUUGCUGUUUUAAAAAUCACUUUUAUUCAGUUAGAGGACGUCACUGGUUCGCAAAGGCCAUUUUUCCUAGUGAUUGUUGUUUCGAGUGUGACAUGAACUGAUGGUUCUGAACUUUAUUGUUUUAAACUCUCUAUUUGCUUUGAACGCGUAUGUUCUAAUAUAAAGUGGACUUCUGAAAAAUGAAUGUAAGAGACACUGGUGUAUUUCAGGAGGGGAUGGUGUUGUCAUAUACUGUGGUUAAUCCAAUCAAUCUAAGUGUUUACUAUAGACCAAAAGAAUAGAUAUUAUAAAAUGUAUAAAGUUUAUACAGAAUAAUUAUAGUAUGUUUGUUUUGUACAGUAUUUUUCAAGUACAAAUACUGACAAUGUAUUUUGAAAGACAUAUAUAUAGCAAAAAGAAAGAGCUAUUCCAUAUUUGAAAUAUAUAGCAAAGAUAUAUAUUCUCCAUUAUUGUACAGAAAGGAAACGCUUAGUGGGUUGUUGGUUGUUGUUUUUUAAAGAAAAAAAUCUUUAAUAUUUUAAGCCUACCGCUGGCAUGUUCUGUGCUGGAGAUUUAAUUCCUAUGGAAGUAAUAUGGCUUUCUAGAAUGUUCCAUAUUACUGAAAAAGAGACACUUUAUUAUUUUCCAUCAGAAACAAAUAAACUGUUGAAUAGGGACAAAGCACUACGUGGAUUUUAGUCAACUCUUGAUUGGACAAUACAAUAUUUUCUAAAGGCAGAAAAAUAAUACACAACACAAAGGAAACCUCAUCGUAAUUUCUAAUCUGCUGCUGCUGCUAGAGUCUGGUUCCAGCUGAUUUGUUUCUAAUGAAUAGCUUUGUUCAUAUAUGCAGUUGUAUGUACUGCACACGGUUAUUGACAUGUGAGGAAAAUAUGGUGCUACAUGUCUUGCUCACAGUUUUCUAAGUGUUUUGACAUUAUUUUCAAAUAAAAAGGUGGUUCAUUCCAUUAAAUCGUUAUUCACGCUUCAGGAGAUUGUUACGGAGGACUCAACCUUUUGUGCAGCAUUAAAAACACCCUCUCAUCAAUGGCAUUUUCCAGUAUUUUUCCUCAAGCAUCCCUGACUUGUCCGCAUCCCUUAACGUGCAGCACUUGCCUGUGGACCAUUUACUCAGCAAACUGAAUUUCCAUGUGCUGCAGCAAAGUUUCACGUGCUGUAAGUUAUUUCCUAUAGGUCGGGAUGAGCCGCUGGGCGCCCGGGUAGCGAAACGAGACUGACGGCGUUUGGCACCACUCGGUGCUUCUGCUGUCACCACUAUGAAAUAAACUUCAUUUUUCCCCUGGUGGGGCUCAACCAGGCGCUGCUGAGGACACACUUUUAGCAGCAACACAGGGAAUUGCAACAGGUUGUAAUCGUGGUGAUUAUUCCUGACCAGGAAGAAUGGGGUGCAUGAGAUUGGUCAGAUCCGCUGGUGAGUUGCAACAUCACUGCAAAUCUUUCUUUAAAAUGUAAAAGGCAGCUUGGAAAAAACAAAAAAUUACAGAUAAUUCUUUAAUUUCUUUUGGGCAGGGAAGGUAGGGAGACGGUAGGUUUUGUAGGCUGGAUAUCAGAGAUUUAUUAAUUAAGGUCACAGAGGAACAUGGGGGUUUCCAGCAGCCUCAGGACUGGGAUGUGCUGGGUGAACUGGGGCUGCUGGGGAGCCGGUGGGACUUGGGCCCCCAGCGCUGACCAUGGGACCUGGAAUAAAAAUACAAGGACAAAAUAUGUGGGCUAAAACUUGGGAAAAAACCUGGUUAUGUGCCCCAAAAUAACAAUAAAAAAUAAAUAAAAGAAAGUUUAGCUCAUUUUCGGUUCCCAAGGGCAGCGUAGCUGGGCUCAGCACACCUCUGGUGGCUUUCUUGCUCAUGAAGGAGCUUGUAGGUAUAUGAAAUUGUAAUUUUAUAAAACCAGAAAUAUCUAUAUUUGCAGAAUAAUUAAUAGUAUGUCUAAAUAAUUCACUGACCUCUAUUAAACCGUAAGCAUUGGUAAAAUGCUUGUCUUUUUGUUUUUUUGCUGAAACUUAGUGACUUCUUUCUUUUUACAAAAGAAUGCCCUCUACAAGUGGAUUGAAUUUGCCAUGUGUUUGUGAGCACGAGCACCGCGGGGCUCUCCGUGGGAAAGCCCAGGGCAGAGGAGGCGGGGGGGGUUAUUUUUGUUGCUGAGUGGUGCUAAAGGCGCUAAACUUGGCACCAUGGAAAUAAAGUUCUGACUUGAAUCCACAGACGCGAGAGAUUCGACAUGAGAGGGACCUGACGUGGGAAUCUCUGGCCUCUGCGGGUUUGAAAUAACCCCACUCACUGCUUUAAAUCUAUUUUUGCAUGUAAUUUACACUAGAGAUGUGCAGAUUAUUUUUAUUUUCUUGACUUUUUUAUGUGAAAAAGUGGAAAUAAAAAAAAGAAGAGUAUUAAAACUAACAAGUGAUCAACCAUUGUAUUUCUGGCAACACCACAAGACAGCAUCUGUUUAAAUACAAGUUUAACACAUAAGAUCAAGCUGUAUGAGAUGAAAUGGAUUGCAUCCUGCGUGCUGUUUGGCCCAAUUUUUAUUUUUAUUUUUUGUCUGUUAUUCUUAAUGUUUAAUAAACUUUUAAAUUUUUCUUCUCUCA